GGGGGCAACACUCACAUCCCGUUCGUGCUGGUUUCCGCUUCCGAUGGUCCAGCUGGAUGGAUCUUUGCGGCUACUGGCCAGCUACAAUGUCCUGCACGGGCGCCAGUUCUUCGCGAAGUCCCUGAUGGCCAUGUGGUUCUUCUCCCUGCUGGAGUGGGCGGCCUUCUCAAGUGUGAUUUGCUUGGCGCAGUGGACCUCUCAGUUUUUCCUCUUCCUGGCUUUUCUGGCCAUGAUGGGCGCAGCAGUCCAUCGGACUGUACAGACCAGCUCUUCGUCUCCGGCCAGCGAAAUUUGGACGCGGCUGGCGGAGGCUUGGUGGAAGCCGUUGCUGACGCCAGUCUACCUGUUUCUACCCGAGCAACACUCUUGCUAUGGCCUGUCCAGUCAGUCACCGCCGGCCACGGGCUUCUACACCCUCCACGCGACUCUGCGCUUGGGCAGUGUGCUGCUUUGGCUCCUCACGAUGGCCCGGCCAGUGGACAUGUGCGUGGCCCCGGUUCUGCACUUCUGGCAGCCGGAAUGCGCGGAAGUGCCUUCCUGGAUCCAGGGCUGCGGCACAACUUUCUCGCCCCAGGAGUACACCCGGUGCCUGCGGUCCAGUUGGCUGGACGGCGCCUGCAACCUUUUGGCUGCCCAGUGCCGAAACCAGGCGGAGGGUCAAGUGGACCUUACCGUCAGCCUCUUCGUGGACGCCUGGAUGAGUGCGGUGCCACUGGCCACGCCGGUGCUUUGCCUGCUUUUCGUUCUGGCGCGCUGGGAGAAAUUCUGGGCAGUGGCGCCAGAUGCAAAUUUGCGCCAUCGCAUACAAGAGGAAGAGCAGCGGCUGCAGGAGCAGCUCUGCAACGGGGACCAGCUGACGCAUAACUGGAGCUGGUGGCUGCACCUCGAUUUAGCACUUUUGGCCUUGGACUUCGGGACUGACCUGUUCUGCUUGCUCAUCUUUCUCGGCGCUCGCAACUGGGGCUUCGCCUUUCUUCAGCUACUCUUGGUGUCCUCAACAGUGGCCAGGUGUGUGCAGCGGGGCCCGCAGGCGGUGCUGGAGGCCUUCAAAACCUCCAAAGCCCAAGGCUUCGUCUCGCAGAGCUACCUGGAGAUCGCCCAGGCUGAGCGUAUCAUGCGAGCACCCCUGGCCUUCGUGCUGCAGUACUACAGCUUCGCGUUCAUCGCCGGGGACUGCUUCCAGGUUUGGAUCUUGUCCAUCAGCGUGCUGUUCAGCCUGGUGAGCGCAACACAGGGUGGCUUUAUCUUGGUGGACCUGGAUGUGGCACCGGAACAGCUCUCGACGCUGCUGCGCUGGGAUUGCUAAAGUCCCAGCUGCCCAAGGCGGUUCUCGACCUAACCUUUUGGUUGUUCCCAUUUAGCCCAGGGAGACAGGCAGAUUGGUUGACA